GCGGGGGGGCGGCGCGUGAGCGGGCGGCGCGGGGCGGCGCGGGGCGGGCGGGCGCCCGCGAUGUGCCACUCGGCGCCUCCCCCGCCGGGCCCGGGCUGCGCGGCGGCGGGGCGGCCCUAGGAGCCGGGCGAGCGGCGCGGAGGGGGCGAGCCCAGCGCGCGAGUCUCAUUGUUGUGGGGGGGGGCCCGUCGGGGCAUGAGGGCGAGAGCACGGCGGGGGGGGGCGGCCAGACAGAGCGAGCGAGGAGGAGGAGGAGGAGGACGCGGAGGAGGAGGAAGGAGGAGGCAAAGAAAAGAAGCGGCGGCGGCGGAGGAAGAGGAGGAGGGGGCGAGGAGGCGCGCGGCCCCCCCGCUCCCUCCCUCCCCCCUGACCCCCGACCCCCGCCGGCCGGCCCCCAGCCCCAGCCCCGGAGGGAGCUCAUGGGAGUAUGAAGGAGAUGGUAGGAGGCUGCUGCGUAUGUUCGGACGAGAGGGGCUGGGCCGAGAACCCGCUGGUCUACUGCGAUGGGCACGCGUGCAGCGUGGCCGUCCACCAAGCUUGCUAUGGCAUCGUUCAGGUGCCAACGGGACCCUGGUUCUGCCGGAAAUGUGAAUCUCAGGAGCGAGCAGCCAGGGUGAGGUGUGAGCUGUGCCCACACAAAGAUGGGGCAUUGAAGAGGACUGAUAAUGGAGGCUGGGCACAUGUGGUGUGUGCCCUCUACAUCCCUGAGGUGCAGUUUGCCAACGUGCUUACCAUGGAGCCCAUCGUGCUGCAGUACGUGCCUCAUGAUCGCUUCAACAAGACCUGUUACAUCUGCGAGGAGCAGGGCCGGGAGAGCAAGGCAGCCUCGGGAGCCUGCAUGACCUGUAACCGCCAUGGAUGUCGACAAGCUUUCCACGUCACCUGUGCCCAGAUGGCAGGCCUGCUGUGUGAGGAGGAAGUGCUGGAGGUGGACAACGUCAAAUACUGCGGCUACUGCAAAUACCAUUUCAGCAAGAUGAAGACAUCCCGGCACAGCAGCGGGGGAGGCGGAGGAGGCUCUGGAGGAGGAGGAGGAGGUGGCAGCAGCAGCAGCAGCAUGGGGGGAGGUGGCAGUGGCUUCAUCUCUGGCAGGAGAAGCAGGUCAACCUCACCAUCUACACAGCAGGAGAAGCACCCCACCCACCAUGAGAGGGGCCAGAAGAAGAGUCGAAAGGACAAAGAACGCCUUAAACAGAAGCACAAGAAGCGGCCUGAGUCGCCCCCCAGCAUCCUCACCCCGCCUGUGGUCCCCACUGCUGACAAGGUCUCCUCCUCGGCCUCCUCUUCCUCCCACCACGAGGCCAGCACGCAGGAGACCUCUGAGAGCAGCAGGGACUCAAAGGGGAAAAAGUCUUCCAGCCAUAGCCUGAGUCAUAAGGGGAAGAAACUGAGCAGUGGGAAAGGUGUGAGCAGUUUUACCUCCGCCUCCUCCUCUUCCUCCUCCUCUUCCUCCUCCUCUGGGGGGCCCUUCCAGCCUGCAGUCUCGUCCCUGCAGAGCUCCCCUGAAUUUUCUGCAUUCCCCAAGCUGGAACAGCCAGAGGAGGACAAGUACCCCAAGCCCACAGCCCCCGCCGCUUCAGCCCCGCCUUCUCCCUCAGCCCCGGAGCCCCCCAAGGCUGACCUUUUUGAGCAGAAGGUGGUUUUCUCUGGCUUUGGGCCCAUCAUGCGCUUCUCCACCACCACCUCCAGCUCAGGCCGGACCCGGGCGCCCUCCCCUGGGGACUAUAAGUCUCCACACGUCACGGGGUCUGGGGCCUCAGCAGGCACCCACAAGCGGAUGCCCACACUGAGUGCCACCCCUGUGCCUGCUGAGGAGACCCCUGAGACAGGCCUGAAGGAGAAGAAGCACAAAGCCAGCAAGAGGAGCCGCCAUGGGCCAGGCCGUCCCAAGGGCAGCCGAAACAAGGAGGGCACUGGGGGCCUGGCUACCCCGUCCUUGCCCAGUGCCCAGCUGGCUGGCUUUACCGCCACUGCUGCCUCACCCUUCUCCGGAGGCUCCCUGGUCAGUUCUGGCCUGGGAGGUCUGGCCUCCCGAACCUUUGGGCCUUCUGGGAGCUUGCCCAGCCUGAGCCUGGAGUCCCCCUUGCUAGGGGCAGGCAUCUACACCAGUAAUAAGGACCCCAUCUCCCACACUGGCGGGAUGCUGCGGGCUGUCUGCAGCACCCCCCUCUCCUCCAGCCUGCUAGGGCCCCCAGGGACCUCGGCCCUGCCCCGCCUCAGCCGAUCCCCGUUCACCAGCACCCUCCCCAACUCCUCUGCUUCUAUCUCCACCACUCAGGUGUUUUCUCUGGCUGGCUCUACCUUUAGCCUCCCUUCCACCCACGUCUUUGGAACCCCCAUGGGUGCCGUUAACCCCCUCCUCCCCCAAGCCGAGAGCAGCCACACAGAGCCAGACCUGGAGGACUGCAGCUUCCGGUGUCGGGGGACCUCCCCCCAGGAGAGUCUGUCUUCCAUGUCCCCCAUCAGCAGCCUCCCCGCACUCUUCGACCAGACAGCCUCUGCACCCUGCGGGGGCGGCCAGUUAGACCCGGCGGCCCCAGGGACGACUAACAUGGAGCAGCUGCUGGAGAAGCAGGGCGACGGGGAAGCCGGCGUCAACAUCGUGGAGAUGCUGAAAGCGCUGCACGCGCUGCAGAAGGAAAACCAGCGGCUGCAAGAGCAGAUCCUGAGCCUGACGGCCAAGAAGGAGCGGCUGCAGAUUCUCAACGUGCAGCUCUCUGUGCCCUUCCCUGCCCUGCCUGCUGCCCUGCCUACCGCCAACGGCCCUGUCUCUGGGCCCUAUGGCCUGCCUCCCCAAGCAGGCAGCAGCGACUCCUUGAGCACCAGCAAGAGCCCUCCGGGAAAGAGCAGCCUCGGCCUGGACAACUCGCUGUCCACUUCUUCUGAGGACCCACACUCAGGCUGCCCGAGCCGCAGCAGCUCGUCGCUGUCCUUCCACAGCACGCCCCCACCGCUGCCCCUGCUCCAGCAGAGCCCUGCCACUCUGCCCCUGGCCCUGCCUGGGGCCCCUGCCCCACUCCCACCCCAGCCGCAGAACGGGUUGGGCCGGGCACCAGGGGCAGCGGGGCUGGGGGCCAUGCCCAUGGCUGAGGGGCUGUUGGGGGGGCUGGCAGGCAGUGGGGGCCUUCCCCUCAAUGGGCUCCUUGGGGGGUUGAAUGGGGCCGCUGCCCCCAACCCUGCAAGCUUGAGCCAGGCUGGCGGGGCCCCCACGCUGCAGCUGCCAGGCUGUCUCAACAGCCUUACAGAGCAGCAGAGACACCUCUUUCAGCAGCAAGAGCAGCAGCUCCAGCAACUCCAGCAGCUCCUGGCCUCCCCGCAGCUGACCCCGGAACACCAGACUGUUGUCUACCAGAUGAUCCAGCAGAUCCAGCAGAAACGGGAGCUGCAGCGCCUGCAGAUGGCCGGGGGCUCCCAGCUGCCCAUGGCGAGCCUGCUGGCAGGAAGCUCCACCCCGCUGCUGUCUGCGGGCACCCCUGGCCUGCUGCCCACGGCGUCUGCUCCACCCCUGCUGCCCGCCGGAGCCCUAGUGGCUCCCUCACUUGGCAACAACACAAGUCUCAUGGCCGCAGCAGCUGCAGCUGCAGCAGUGGCAGCCGCAGGCGGACCUCCAGUCCUCACUGCCCAGACCAACCCCUUCCUCAGCCUGUCGGGGGCAGAUGGCAGUGGCGGUGGCCCCAAAGGAGGGACCGCUGACAAAGGAGCCUCAGCCAACCAGGAAAAAGGCUAAAUCCACCCUCACCCCUCCUGACCCCCUAAGUGGAGGGAGCAGAUCCUGGCCUGAGGGGUCCUACCCUGGAGCAGGCACCUGCGCCCAGACCCUGGAGAGCCCCGACCCAGUGCUGAGGUCCAGGGAGUGUGGCGAGCUCCUGGUGCCGAGGACUGGGACUGGAGGGGAGCCCCUUCCAUCUGGCCCCCUUCCCUUUCUGCACUGUCCGCUUUGUGAGGCUCAGAGAAAGGACAGUCCACAAGCCCACCUAGGAGCUCCACUCCCAGCAGAUGUUUUGGGGGUCCCUGAGAGCAAAGUGGGCCAUGGCCGAAGUAGGGGUUCGUUGGACCUGUCACAUGAAAUGGAUCAGCACUUGAAUGGGGAGAAGUGGAGCAAGAGGCCCUGGGCCUGUCCCCGAGGGGAAAUCUUUUACGGAAGAAGGGCUGGACCCACUUUACCUGCAGUUUCUUCCCAGCUUGGGCAGAUGGCAGAAGGGACCCCUUGGACUUUUUCUUGCCAUCCCUCCCUCCCAGCGCAGGGGCACAAGCUGAGCUUGUAAAAGCCCACGGAUGGCGGGGGCUGGAGAAGGGGCAGAACAGCAUCACACUCAGCCCUCAACCUCUUGGGGCCCAGGUGAUGAGGAGGAGAGGGCAGGUUCGGGGAGGCACCGGCCUUGCUUGGUGCCCCGCCCUUUGUUUGCACUAUUGGACUUAGGAGUGCCGAGGGUGGGGAGAUGGAGCUGCCUGACUCUGUGUGUGUGUGAGAGAGAGAGAGAGUGUGUGUGUGUGUGUGUGUGUGUGUGUGUGUGUGUCUGCCUGCCUGCCUGCCUCUCUCCCCCUGGACCCGGGGCAGCCAAGAGCAGGGAUAGGUGCAGUGGUCAGUGAAGCAGCACCAGAGAGGGGAGCUCCCAGCUCUUAUUUGCACGCUCCCCACCUCACCAACUUUCGUCCCUCUCUGGGGCAUGAAUGCUUAACAAAAACCAGAGCAGUACUCCAAUAUUGGAGAGUCCCUGGGGACUUGGGCUUUGAAUCAGGGUAAUAUCCUGCCUUCCCUCCCCUGACCCCAUAUGGUCUCAGGGCCCCCUUAGGGCCCCCUACCCCACUGAUAGCUUGGUCCUUCCCUGGCACAAGGGGAGCCCCAGGGCUUGGCGGGGGGAGCUAAGGGGGGAAAAUGCCACUGCUUUUAGCAAAAGCCUCCCUCCCAGAAUUAGCCAGCCUGCCUCCUGCACCCUACCCCCACCAACCAGGGGAGCCACUAAGCUGAGCUAACAACUGUCCCUCACCCACCAGCUAUUUCCCAGGGUGUCGUGGGCACUUCUCACCUUAAAAGAGUCUCCGCCUGCCCUGGCCUUUGGCACAGAAGCUGAAUGGACAGUCAGGAGAGAGGCGAGAGGCAAGGCGAAGCCUGUGUCCUUCGGUUGCACUGGGGUUGGAGCCCGGGGUAGGCGCUUCCCGCUUCCUCAGGCUCCCGCCUUGUCAGUCUCUUUGCAUGUGUGGAUUUCUCUGUGUGUGUUUCCGUUUGGGUUUUUGUUGUUGGGUUUUUUUUUUUUUUUUUAAUAAAAGAAGAUGUGUAUAUUUUUGGCAACGACAGAAACGUAGUGCAGAUAUAUUUUUGCCUGUGCUGCUCAGUUGUUUUUUUUCUGAUACUGAAAAUAAUAUUAAUAUUCCUGUUGAUAAGACUUUGUAAGAUGUUAGGGAGCUGAUAAUGGAGGGGGUGGGAAUCCUUCAGAGGCAAUUUCUUAGGCACUUGCAAAGGGCUUGGGGGAGGGGGAGGCAGUUGUGAUGACCUCAGAAAUACUUUCUAUUAAUGCUAAAUAUGUUAGAAAGAAAUGUUAGAAUUCAGCAUUUUAUUCAUUUUAAUCUAUUAAGCUCUAUAACUCCCUGCCCCAAACCACUGAAAAGAAAAGUAAACUUCAGGCUGGGUGUGGUGGCUCAUGCCUGUAAUCCCAGCACUUUGGGAGGCUGAGGUGGGUGGAUCACCUGAGGUCAGGAGUUUGAGACCAGCCUGGCCAACAUGGUGAAACCUCAUCUCUACUAAAAAUACAAAAAUUAGCCAGGUGUGAUGAUGCACGCCUGUAAUCUCAGCUACUUGGGAGGCUGAGGCACAAGAAUUGCUUGAACCUCGGAGGCUGAGGUUGCAGUGAACCGAGAUUGCAGUGAGCCAAGAUUGUGCCACUGUACUCCAGCCUGGGCAACAGAGUGAGAUUCUGUCUCAAAAAAAAAAGAAAA